AAACGCCGCUCCAGGAAAUCUUGGUUCCGGUCUUUGCGGCCGGUCAGGCAGUGGCGCGUGCGCAGUAGGCGGCAGGCCCAGGCCUGAGGCGGCCGCGAGCCCUGGACGUCAGGCAGCAGGAUGCGGGGCUGAAGCCCACAAAAAUAUGUGGGGCCGAGCCACUGAGCGCGACUUCCAGACGUCAGCCCACAGGAUGGGGACCUCUCUGCUCUUCCAGCUCUCUGUCCAUGAGCGAGAACUGGACCUGGUCUUCUUGGACCACAGCUACGCCAAGCCAUGGAGCGCCCACCCCGACGCCAGCAGUGCCCGACCCACACGCACACUUUUUGUCACACCACGGCGGCACCAAGACACUGCCAUCGAGGUGGACAUCCCUAUCGAUGUGGAGACAGUCAUGCCCAUGCCUGUCCCACUGUACGACAACCAGAAGGCCCGCAGCGUGAUGAACGAGUGCGAGCGCCACGUCAUCUUUGCCCGCACGGAUGCUGACGCACCCCCGCCGCCCGAGGACUGGGAGGAUCAUAUGAACAGGUCAGGCUGGACAAUAGGACAGAACAAGCUCUUCAAUAAGAUCCACAAAGCCCUGCAGUCCGACCGGCUGGCCCGCUUGGCCAGUGAAGGGGCAUGCAGCGAGCCGGUGCUGAGGAGGAUUGCAGUGGACAAGUGUGCUCGGCGUGUGCGCCAAGCCCUGGCCAGUGUGAGCUGGGACACCAAGCUGAUCCAGUGGCUUCACACCACGCUAGUGGAGACCCUCAGUCUGCCCAUGUUGGCCGCCUACCUGGAUGCCCUGCAGACACUGAAGGGAAAGAUCCCCACUCUGAUCGACAGGAUGCUCCUGUCUUCCACUACCAAAACAGGGGCUGCCGGUGCUGAGGCCCUGUCCCUUCUGUUGAAGAGACCCUGGGACCCGGCCGUGGGUGUCUUGUCUCAUAACAAACCAAGCAAACUCCCUGGCUCCCCACUCAUCCUGAUUGCCUCUUCCGGCCCCUCCAGCUCCAUGUUCCCCACCUCCCGGCGGCACCGCUUCUGGCAGUCACAACUCUCCUGUCUAGGCAAGGUGAUCCCAAUAGCCACCCAUCUCCUGAACAAUGGCAGUGGGGUGGGAGUGCUGCAGUGUCUGGAGCACAUGAUUGGUGCAGUGAGAGGCAAGGUGGUGGAGAUCCACAGUCACUUCUCCCACAAGCCGGUCAUCCUCAUUGGGUGGAAUACAGGAGCAUUGGUAGCCUGUCAUGUCUCGGUGCUAGAGUACGUCACUGCCAUCGUGUGCCUUGGAUUCCCACUUCUGACAGUGGAAGGGCCCAGAGGGGACGUGGAUGACCCCCUCUUGGACAUGAAGACACCUGUGCUUUUUGUCAUUGGCCAAAACUCACUGCAGUGCAAUGUUGAGGCCAUGGAGGAUUUCCGGGAGAAGAUCCGUGCUGAGAACAGCAUGGUGGUGGUGGGCGGGGCUGAUGACAACCUCCGGAUAAGCAAAGCCAAGAAGAAGUUGGAAGGGCUGACCCAGAGCAUGGUGGACCGUUGCAUCCAGGAUGAAAUCGCCGACUUCCUGACCGGAGUCCUGACCCGGUCGGAGAAUCACACUGGCUCCGACCCUCGUGACCUUGACGCCGAGAAGAAGAAGAAGCCACGGGACCCAGCCAGGAGGGACCUGUCAUUCGACUUGCCAGAAAGAACCAGCCAACCCGCAUCCCCAGCUGCCAAGGUGCCGGCCUCGCCUUCCGGCUCAGAGGACCUCUCCAGUGUCUCCAGCAGCCCCACCUCGAGUCCCAAGAUCAAAGUGGCCACUGUGCCAGCUGUCCAGAAGCCCAGCCAGGUGGGCACCGCUCAGCUGCUGAAGAGGCCAGUGCAGAGGCCAGAAGCAGUCUUGACACACAAGCAGGCUCAAGCUCAGUUUGCUGCUUUUCUGAAACAAAACGUGCUAGUGAGGAAAGCUCUUCCUCCUGGCACCUCUUCAUGUCUCUUUGUGCCCGUCUCAGCUGAGCAGCAGGAUGGGGCCGACAAGGACGAGGCACGCCUGCAGCUGAAGCGGCACCAGACCCCCAGCCCCACCCCGUGCGGCAAGGCAUCCAAGCGGGCCAAGAUUAAGGUGACCAUUGUCUCCCAUGGGGACACAGCCAGCACCGGCACCCAGGCGGAAAUGGCUGCAGGAAAGCCCCUCACCAUGACUGUUGGCCAGGCUGUGCCAGGCGCCAAGGAGCUGUCAGGACUCCUUGCCACCCCCAAGCUGAGCUCGGCAGCAGAGACCUCAGCCAUCAGCCCAACCCCCUCAGCUGUGAUCCCCAGCAGCACAGCGCCCAGCGCCUUCCACACCCUCCAGAGCCGGUUGGUGGCCAGCAGUGCCCACUGCCUGCAGACCCAGCCCAGUGGCUCCCUCCAAGGUGCUGCCUCAGCUAGCAGCCUCCUGCAGGGCUUGAGCUUCAGCCUGCAGGACAUCAGUACCAAGGCUCCAGCCCUCCCAGUCAGCAGUGCGCCCCCGGGGCCACCUGCCCAGCAGGCCUCAGCUGUGAAGACGCCCGCGGCCCUCCAGAACCUGGGUACCAUCACCACGGGUGCGGGGACCAUUGUCCGCACCAUCCCUGUGGCCACGUCCCUGGCACUGGGAGCCUCUGCAGGGGGGAAGCCCACAGCCAUCCACCAGCUGCUGACCAAUGGGGGCCUGGCCAAGCUGGCCAGCAGCCUCCCUGGGCUGGCCCAGAUCUCUAACCAGGCCGCAGGCCUGAAGGCCCCGACUACCAUCACGGUGACCCUCCGGGGGCAGCCCAGCCGUGUCACUACGCUGAGCCAGGCGGCCAUGGGGGCUCUUCAGUCCCCACUGGAGGAGCAGCCAAUGCAGCCCCAUGUAGCUCAGGUAACUUGGGUACCUCGUCUCAAGGGAGGAUGGGCUGUGGUGCAGAGGCCAUGCUGCUGUCACCACCUACCAGGGCCCAUCUCUCCUGGUGGCUGCUGGGGGGAACUGCAUGCUGUGGUGCCCUGGUCUGGGAAGCCCAAGUGACCUUGUUUUCCAUUCCCAGGGGCCAGGAGACCCCUUUCCCUCCCAGCCUGCCCUGCCAGGGCAGUCACACCCAUGGGAUUGGGGCUUGACUGUAGCGCAGGGGGGACGUGUGGGAGCCCCAGCAUGUCAUAGCCAUGUGGCUUGGGCUGAUUUAGCCUGGCUGAGCCUCUCAGGAUGCAUUUGAUGCCAGGUGCUGCACUGUGUCCAGAUGCAAACUCCUUAUGGCAGCAACAGUAUGGACCGCCCAACACAGAGCCCCAGUGUUGGUGGCCUCUCUGGGGAGGGUGCCUGUCAGAACCAGCCUGGCCUCUGCUCUGGUGCUUUGGGACAAUGCUGGGCCUUAAGGACAGGGGAGUCCUUGAGGCCAGCUGUGGUUGAGGUCUCCCAGCUCUGGCCAUGGAUGUAGCACCCAGCUCCUGCAGGUAAGCAAACAUCCCACUCCCACAGAGGCCAAAACCCUAAGGGUAAGGGAAGACCCUUGAAAGGUGUCCUCCCUUUUCCUCACCUCCUUCCCUCCUGCUUUUAACUGCUUCAGGGCAGGCCUGGUAUCUACCCAGGAACCUCAGCAAUGCCCAGCUCCCACUCUGUCUGCGUGGCAGCUUGAGCCAGGUUGUCAGAGAGGUUGCCAGGCACUGGGAGCCCCAGAAAAGAGAUGCCAUGGUGAUUUGGUGGUACCAGGGGUGUCUGAGCCCCUGGAAGCCUGGCCUGUUGGAAUAGGCAUGAGGGCUGCAGGCAGUCAGCCUUGUUCAUCUGUUAAAGACAAAGCAGAGACCAGCUGGUUCCCUCAACCCCAUCGCUGGUGCCAUUUCACCAAACUGGUAUGAUUGAGGAGUAUUGCCAGAAUUGGAAUAGUGGGU